GUCACAAUAUCGACAUCUUUCAAUUCGUCCAACGAACAUACAAUGUACCAAGAAGCCGCACUCCUCGUAGCUCUCCUCUUCCUCUCUUCGAACAUCGUGUUAUCAGUCCCAAUCCGUGAUGGUUUAUUACCAAACGGUAAUUUCGAGCUGGGUCCUAGACCCUCCCAAUUGAAAGGAUCCUUGGUUAAGGAACGAACCGCCGUACCAGACUGGGACAUAACCGGUUUUGUGGAGUACAUCAAAUCCGGUCAGAAACAAGACGACAUGGUCUUGGUCGUACCGCAAGGUUCAUCCGCCGUUCGCUUAGGCAACGAAGCCUCAAUCUCCCAGAAAAUCUCCGUUAUACCCGGCCGUCUGUACUCAAUUACAUUCAGCGCCGCUAGAACCUGCGCUCAGGACGAGCGGCUUAACAUCUCUGUCACCCAUGAGUCAGGUGUGAUCCCUAUUCAGACGAUGUAUGGCAGCGAUGGUUGGGACUCAUACUCUUGGGCUUUUAAAGCUGGUGGACCCAAAAUCGAGAUCCGGUUCCAUAACCCGGGUGUUGAGGAGCACCCGGCUUGUGGACCGUUGAUCGACGCCGUUGCUAUCAAGGCUUUGUUUCCUCCCAGAUUCUCCGGCAACAAUCUGAUAAAGAAUGGGAACUUCGAAGAAGGACCUUACGUGUUUCCCAAGGCAAAAUGGGGAGUGCUGAUCCCACCGUUCAUCGAGGACGAUAACAGCCCAUUGCCCGGUUGGAUCAUCGAGUCUCUCAAGGCCGUAAAGUACGUAGACAAAGCUCAUUUCGCUGUCCCCGAAGGACACCGAGCCAUCGAGCUUGUUGGAGGCAAAGAGAGCGCCAUUUCUCAGAUCGUGAGAACGUCGGUGAACAAAUUCUACGCCCUCACGUUCAACGUUGGAGACGCCAGAGACGGUUGCGAGGGACCAAUGAUUGUGGAGGCGUUAGCUGGACGGGGAAAGACCAUGGUGGAUUACGCGUCUAAAGGGAAAGGUGGGUUCAAACGGGGAAGGCUUGUGUUCAAGGCUGCGUCGGCGAGGACACGUGUCACUUUCUUGAGCACGUUCUACCAUAUGAAGAGCGAUCACUCUGGCUCGCUAUGUGGUCCGGUGAUCGAUGGCGUUAGGCUGGUGGCGGUUGGGAAACUUAGAGGGUGAAGCCGGACAAAUGUGGAAGUUUGUGUCGUCAAUUGACUCAAUCUCGUGGUUAACUGUAAUUUAUGCAUGUUUCGAAAGAUUUUAUUUACAUAAUAAAAAACGUAAUUUACGAUCUAAUCCAACAUAUUUUAUUAUCUAAA